CUAUCGUCAGACUUUAUUGGCAUCUCUGCAUUCUGGCACAAAGCCUUUGAGGCAUGGCACGAGCUCAGGCCAGAGCUCCAAACCCCUGCCUGCCGCGACGAGGCGCUCGCUCACCCGCUCUGGGACUCACCGGACAUCCAGGACGACGGCAAGCCGCUCUGGUGGCCGAGCUGGAUCCUCAACGGAUACAUGCGCGUCCGCGACCUGCGCCGCUUCAUCGGUAACCCAGCUAGAGAAGAGUGGUCCCCGCUCUCGCUCGUCCAAAGCUUCACCAACGCAAAAUACUACAACAAGCUCCACGAGGCACUCGACCGGAGCGAGCUCUCGUCGCUCGUAGAGCAGGAUAGCUCCACAAUCCCGUCAGUGCAAGAUCUACCGUGGUGCUGGGCCCAACCAGCCGACGACGACGACGCCAAUCCCAAACUCUUCAGAGUUGUCAAGCUCCGCACGGGCAGCCCGCUCACAAGCAGCUCACUCGGAGCCGGCCAAGUGUUCUACGAGUCGGAGAACGCCCUGAUCGCGCCUGCCCAGCCAGGCCUAGUCCUCACCAAGUUCCGCCUGGCAACCGCGCAACACGCCACCGUCGUCUACUGGCGAGCUCCCAACACCAAGCCUGAACCAAACAAGCGGGGAAAGAUUUUCCUCCCACGAAAGCAGCUGUACCAUGUUGGCCGCACUCAACUCAUGCCCCUCAUCUGGAGCAACAUCGUCCUCAACGGUGUUCACUCAAGCGUCCAGAAGCCCCUGCAAGUCACAUCGCACAAGCUCAAACUGAAAACGCUAAGGCAGCUGCUCACUCCACGUCCCUCGAGACCAGACGCCCUCCAAUGGUGGAUCAACAAAGUUGGCUACGUGCCCUUCGAAUCACUGGCCAGCUCCAUCAGAACCAGUCUAGUCACAUCCAAGCAAGCCUCCCUGCUCUGGCGCAUUGCACACCGCACCACCCGACUGGGCGCCGACUGGCUGGAAACAGAUGGUCAAGCCCUGCGCGCCGGCUCGCUCUCCCGCGAAGAGUACGACGACAGAAUUGCCACUGGGCGCUACGACUGCGCGCACUGCAAACACGACGGCCGCUCGGCCAGAGAGACCUGGCACCACAUCCUUGUCCGCUGCCACACAGCCCAAGCGGUUUGGGAAACCGCGAACGCCAUCUUCCAGCACGCUCACUCAAGUUCCCUCCCAAUGUUCGACAAAGCCCUCCUGUUCGGUCCCUUCCCCACCACGCUUGCGCGUAAAAAGGAAAUGCGAGCGCUUGCCACGAUCCUGUACCACCUCGGACGCUGGGCGAUCUGGCGCACCCGCUGCGAAGCAAAAAUCAACAACACAUUCACACCCAGCCACACCACCUUCAUCAAGCUCGUCCACUCCCGCGCCCUGCAGGACAUUGUGCCGCGAGCCCCGCCUGCUGACUCUCCCACGUCGAAGAUGUGGGGAAAGUGCAUUGUCAGGUCAGAAGAGAAGACCACCAUUUCACUUCUACCUCCGAAACCCGGUGAGCAUGAGCAAACCGAGUCACCAAGCGGCGCCCGUAUGACCAGGACGCUAACACCAAACUUGCAACCGCAAGAAUAA